GCAAGUAUGUCUAUAUUGAGACAUCAAGACCCAGAGUGCGAGGUGGCAUAGCCUUCCUCGUCAGUCCCCAAGUCAGCGGCGCUCAAUGUUUGAAAUUCUCUUACCACAUGUACGGCGCUAACACGGGAUCUCUUAUCGUCUAUCAAAAUAUGGGUUAUCAAAUGGUAGAGCUGUUCAAGAAAUCUGGUAAUAAAGGUAACCAAUGGAAGAAAGCUGAAGUACAAAUAAACAAUGGAAACUAUUAUUCU